CCGCCAGCUGAGCGCGCGUCGCUCCUUUUUCUCUUCUUCAUUCUACUGGCACCUCCUUCUCUGCCGCUUCUCCCAGUCUACACGCUCUUUAUUACAUCUCGGACGUCUUGGUCACCGUGAAAUCCCUCUCCGUACCCCGGUUUACUCCCCUCCCCCGUCCCAGCCAUGUUCUCGGACAGCGGAGACAAGCUCCCGCCCUUACCACCAACAAUCUACCCGCGCCCCGCGCCCCGCUACAACAAGACAGUGGGGUACUACCUCGUCCUCAUCAUAUGUGUAGCAGUAUGGAGUGUGACGCCAUUAUCAUAUGUCUACCUAAUCUGGUACGCGCUCCGCGGGCGCCUUCUCUCCGAUGUCCCGGCCCUCUUCGCCGCCCUAGGCGCAGUAUGGGCGUUCGCCGAAGCCGCCUUUGGCAUAUACUACCAGAUCCUCGCCCGGCGGGUGCAGCCUGUCGCUCCGCCCUCGGCCAUCAAGCCCGAGGACCUGAGCGACCUCUUCUUGCGCGUCUUGCACGCGGGGCUGGCUUACAGUGCCCCACGGGACCGAUACGUGCGGGAGCGUGCGCAGCGUAUAAGCGGGGUGGCACCUGCCUCCGCGCCGCCCAAUGGGUUGGCAGCGCCGAGCGAGAGCGCGACGUCCGGUGAGACGCUUACUGGUGGUCCCGCGUCGGCGGGGCAGCGGAAGCGAGGACGGCUGUAUUCUGCUGCGGCGGAUACGAUGGGUAUUGCGGAGCAGUACAUGGAUCCUGGGGAGGAGGAGGAUCCCUUGUUCGAUGAGAAUGGGAAUCCUCACGUUCUGGCAGCCGAGGAUCCGCUCGCUGUUGAGUUUAGGGAGCAGCUGCGGACAUGGUUUCAUCACGCGCCGUGGGACAGCAUCCGCGCCGAUGAUGUCCUCACUUGGCUGGCAUGGAGCACAUUUAACGAGCCGCUCGAGGCGGUUCGUACGCAGCCGAGGAAGAAUCGUUUCCUCGACAGAACGUUCACGAUGCUCGAGGCGCGCACCGGUACGACAUUUCCGCCCGGUCGCUCUGCCGCCCCCAUCUGCCGCCUAACGCUCGAUGCCGUCAACGUGGUGUCCCGCCCGUUCUUCAUCUACGCUGUUGCCAACAGCGUCAACUGGUUUCUCCGCAGUCAACUGUACCCCUCCCGCGGCGUGCAUCUGUAUCGCGAGGGCGACAUCGACUACCUCCUCCGCAUCCCGCCGGGGUGGACGCCCGAAAAGGGGCGCACAGAACGCAACGCCCACCCUAUCGUGUACCUGCACGGCCUCGGCUUCGGGCUCCUCCAGAACCACCUGCUGGUCAAGCAUCUCGUACAAUCGCUGCCCACGCACCCGCUGCUGGUCCCGAUCGCGCACCACACCGCGCAGGCGAUCUUCGACCCGCGCCACCUCCGGCCCUGGACGCGUCCCCAGCUUGUCGCGAUGGUGCGCGCCGCAUGUGCGCGCUGGGGAUUCUUCGAGGACGGCGACGACGGGCCAAAGGGCCGCGGAGGCAUCUCCCUGCUAAGCCACUCUAACGGUAGCGUUCACCAUGGCUGGGUUCUCAAGGACGCGCCCGAGCUCGUGCGGCGCAGCUGCUUUGUCGACCCCGUUGUGUUCAGUCUAUGGGAGGGCGAUGUCUGUUUCUCCUUCGUGUAUCGCAAGCCGCGCAAGGCAAUCGAGCUCGCGCUGUAUUACUUCGUCGCGUCAGAAGUGGGCAUAGCCAACUAUAUCCAGCGCCACUUCAACUGGUGCGAUAACACGCUGUUCGUCGAGGAGAUCCCGAAUGCGCGCGAAGUGACCCGCUCGGCAUUCUUCCUCGGCGGCAAGGACAUCAUCGUCGACGCUGAGCGUGUGCGACGAUACCUCGAGAGGAGCGGCGUCACGACAGGUAUCCAUUGGGAUGCUGAUGCCGGGCAUGGCGACGGCCUGAUCGGCGAGGCGCGUGAUCGUGUCGUCAUGUAUGUCGGCACAGGCUCCACGCGCGGGUGGCAGGGCUGGCUCACGCGCGGGCGCCGCUCACACUCGCUCGGACAGUAUGAUAGGCCGGGCACGCCGCUUGGCUCGGACGCCUCCGACACUGAGGGGAAAAACAAAAGCGAGCGCGUCGAGCCGUGGAAGGUGUCGCGCGAUCAUCUUGCGCGCGGCCUGCGCCGGCGCAAGACGGGCCUCUGAUAUAUGUGCAUAAUAGAACUAGACAGUGUUGAACAUGCGGUCGCCGGCGUCACCAAGGCCUGGCGAAAUGUAGCCCUUGUUUGUGAG